AUGAUCAUCACAGUACCACGAAUACUUCGACGUUCACAGAUUGCUUUUAUGUUCAUCGAUGGUGGAGACAACACGGAUCCAAUACCUACUAGCAGUUCUGUAACAAUGCUUGCUGAAAGUACAGGCAGUGUUACCGUAGAAUUGAAACAGAUUCCUAAUCAACCAAUAAAAUUUAUGGCUGAUUCAACACAAGAGUCUCGUACAGAAGAUGCUAUAAUAGCCUGGACUUGGAAGACAUUUAUUGAACAAAAUGGUACAAAUCCAUAUAUUCUUCUUCGUAUGCCGAUGACAAAAGCUGCAGUACGAGGCAUGGAUGCAACAGAACAAUUAUUAAAGGAAGAAGGAUUUCCAGUACCCAACAACUUUGUCAUUGCAGGACUUUCCAAACGUGGAUGGACAACUUGGACAACGGCUGCUGUUAAUAACCAGCGUGUGUCGGCCGCUAUUCCUAUUGUUCUGGAUAUUUUGAAUCUUCAAAAGAAUAUGAAGCAUCAUUAUCGGUCAUUGGCUGGAUGGACAUUUGCUUUCUAUAAUUAUUAUGUAUUGAACAUUACUCGGUAUCUUGAUAAUCCCUAUUUCCAAAAAAUGGCUUCCAUUGUCGAUCCAUAUUCCUACUUUGAUCGAUAUGCUCAAGUGAAAGUGUUUCAACUUCAAGGCGCUAAUGAUGAAUUCUUUCUACCAGAUAGCGAGGACUAUUUCUGGGAUGAUCUACAAGUGAAAACUGGCGGUUCUUAUCUUAGACGCAUUCCAAAUACUGGACACAGCAUACAGGGAUAUCAAGGAAGUCUUCAAAGUUUUUAUCUAAGCAUUGCUGAUAAACAAAUCUUACCGUCAUUCAAAUGGACAAGAUCCAUUAAUGAAACUCAUGGGCAAAUUCUUGCAGUAAUUGAUUUUAGUACUGGACAACCUAAACCAAUAAAUGCUACAGUUUAUCAAGCACGAACGGUUAAUGGCACAAAACGUGAUUUUCGACAAGCAAAAAUAGAUCCUACAUCAGGCCAAAUAAUUCAGAAUCCUAUUGUUUGGUUAAAUAUGCCAGUCACAAUUGAAGCACAAACUAAUACGUCAAUAACCUACUCAUAUACUGCACCUAUGCCACCAAGUAGCUACUGGGAUGGUAUAUUCAUUCAAGUUACAUUUGUUGGACCCGAAAAUACAACGUUGGAUUUGACUACGGAAACACUGAUCCUGCCAAACACUUUUCCAGCGGAUCCAUGUACUGGAGACGGUUGUUUCGGCACAAUGGUCUAA